AUGGCUGAUGUAGCUGAUAUAGACAUUGACUCGGUUAUUGAGCGAUUACUGGAAGUACGAGGUUGUCGACCAGGCAAGCAAGUCCAACUCGCAGAAUACGAAAUAAAAUUCCUGUGCACAAGAGCCAGGGAAAUUUUUAUUUCGCAACCAAUUUUACUAGAGUUAGAGGCGCCGAUAAAAAUAUGUGGUGAUAUACAUGGUCAAUAUUACGAUCUUUUAAGACUAUUUGAGUAUGGUGGAUUUCCACCGGAAGCAAAUUAUCUUUUUCUUGGUGAUUAUGUUGACAGGGGAAAGCAAUCCUUGGAAACAAUUUGUCUUUUGUUGGCUUAUAAAAUUAAAUACCCUGAAAAUUUUUUUAUUUUACGUGGAAAUCAUGAAUGUGCAAGUAUUAACCGUAUUUAUGGUUUUUACGACGAAUGUAAACGAAGAUAUAACAUCAAAUUGUGGAAAACCUUCACGGAUUGCUUCAAUUGUCUUCCCAUCGCCGCUAUCAUUGAUGAAAAAAUCUUUACUAUGCACGGAGGACUAUCACCGGAUCUUCAGAGUAUGGAACAAAUCCGAAAAGUAAUGCGACCAACCGAUGUUCCCGAUACAGGUCUCUUGUGCGAUUUAUUGUGGUCUGAUCCCGAUAAAGACGUUACUGGGUGGAAUGAAAAUGAUCGUGGCGUCUCUUUCACAUUCGGACCCGAUGUUGUCAGUCGAUUCCUACAAAAACAUGAUAUGGAUUUGAUAUGUCGGGCACAUCAAGUCGUAGAGGAUGGAUAUGAAUUUUUUGCUAAACGUCAGUUAGUCACAUUAUUCUCUGCGCCAAAUUAUUGCGGAGAAUUUGAUAAUGCUGGAGCAAUGAUGAGUGUAGAUGAAACCCUGAUGUGUUCAUUCCAGAUUCUCAAACCUGCGGAGAAGAAGCAAAGAUACCCCUAUGGCGGUAUGAAUACAGGACGACCAGUCACGCCACUUCGUAAUAAAAAGAAGAAGGAAAUGGCUAAAGCUCCUUAA